AUGGAGUUCAACGUCAAAACCAACUAUGGGAGAGCUAUGCAACUGUGCAGAGCCGUUUCUCCCUAUCCCAUCCUCAGUGUCAAGGAAGGUUUCCCUACCAGAUGUGAAUACGAUAAGCCGUUCUAUUGUGAUGUUUACGAGGAAGAGUUUCUUGGUUACUGCUUCAUAGUCAAAGGUGGGCUAGAACAGUUCAAUAGGCGAAUAUGCGGAAAGAAGCACAAGUUGCACGUCAUUCGCAGUCGUGAAGAGAUCAAAUGGGUUGCAACCUUUUUCGGCGAGUCACAUCCUGAAUUAUGGGUAGGAAACAGAGGAAAAACCGCAAAGCAUAUACAUCCGGUUAAAGAGAAACGACCCAAGUUUGAAGACACUACGGUCGAUGACAGAAAAUCGCCAGUCAAGCUGCGGUUAACCAAAGGAGGAUUAGAUGGCAUCAAGAUAGGGUCUGCCAUUUAUGGUGAUAGAAGGGAGAGCAUUGGACAUCUGUGCUCUCGCGAGGCCAAUUUAUUCUUUGAAACGAUGCAGGAUGAAGAAAUAGAACAAGGCACUCUUCUUGAUAAGCUCAAGUUGCCACAUCAGUUUGUUACCGAAAAAGAUGGAUAUAAACGUACAUACAUGUAUUAUGGGACCGUGCACGCUGUAGAAGGAACAGAGUUUGAAGCCAAUGUAACCGACUUGAAUAAAUUUUGUGAUGUUCGUGCAGCAUUGAUUUUCAUUUACCUUAAGAUUCUUCCUCAUGGAUAUGCCAUUUCGAACGAGGAUUUUGAGAAUGAGAGCGAGUUCAGGAAAAUACUCGACAAGGCAAUUCCAUUCGAAUUUUGGACCAAGGGCUAUCCAAAAAAUAUGUGCGCGGACAAACCGAGAACAACAGUAGCAAUGGGAACAAAUGGCUAUCUUGACGUCCCAGCAAUAGCUCGUCUUCCUGUUGUCUGCGCCUUUGGAACCAACAGAAAGAAGGCAACCACCACCACAACCAUGACUACAACUACACCUGCGACAACGACUACGACGACCACCGCUCCUACGACUACAACGACAACAACCUCGACUACAACAACGACCGCAACCUCAACAACCACGACUCCAACGACGACGUCCGCCAUCACUACAACUACGACACCAACCACAACUACAGAGACAUAUAAGCCAUCAAAAGAGCAAACGUCGACUACAAAUACUACUACAUCAAAAACAACCACACCGCCUCCCACGACAACGUUCACAACCCCUGAAACCACAACCACAACAACUAGCACCACAACUCCUACAACGACAACAACAACCACAACUCCAACAACCACAACAGCAACCACAACUCCAACAACCACAACCACUACUACAACCACCACGACAACAACCACUACAACGACGACAACGACGACAACAACCACAGUACCAAGAAAAAAAUGUGGAAAAGGAGCUCGCCAUAUAGCAGCAACGAACACAUGCGAAUGCAAGAACCCCGAUACUGAUGGCAGAAAACUGUAUCCAGACAAGUAUGGGCAUCAUGAACCCGGAGAAAUUUGCUUUUACUGUGAAGAGAAAGCGGGGGAGAGCAAAUCGAUUAUGUUCGUCCUCGACUCGUCUGGAUCAGUUCGUGAGCACGGAUGGAAGCAGGUAUUCAACAGAACGAGUCAUGAUAUUUCUGUUGAAGCUGUAUUCGAGUACGUGAUGAAUAAUGUACUAACGUUCAUGGAAGACGUUAUCAACUCAAUUGAAAGAGUGAGAACUGGUGCUAUCAAGUUGACCGACGAUAUGAAAGUUGAUUUACAUAUUGGUGAACAUACCAGAGAUGCCCUAAGGCGGUGGUUGGACUCAAACCGUGGGUAUCACGCAGGAUAUACUAAAAAAGAGCAUUCCACGCAGAAAAUCGUCAUACUGGUAAGCGACGGGGAUAGAGACUAUGGACCAUUAGGUUGUCAUCUCACUUACGGCUCACCGUUUGGAAGCAGCGGAUAUAUCUUCGGCGGUCAUUUAUCAUGGGGACCACAUGCAUGCACACAGCAUGAAAGGCAUUUGCUCAGUUUUGAUCAAGAACAGCAAGCAACUAAGGUGCGGAAUGCAGGAAUAAGAAUUAUCUACGUUGUUGUGGGAACUGGUGGCUUUGAGUACCUACUGAGAAAAGCCAAAAUUUUUAGAAUGGCUGGAGGAGAUAACCGCAACGUUAUUAUUGUCGGCGGAUUCAGUCAGUUGGAUAAGGAGAUCGUGCGUCGAACUGUCGAAACUAUUUGCAAUAAAAUCUCUUGA